AAAUCUGAGGAUAAUCAGUGUUCAGUUAAACUCUCUUCCUUCUUGUUGUUAACAGUAAACUCUUUUUCCAUAGUGUAUUGAGUUGUUUUGUUUGGAGAAAAAUUAUCUUGUUUAUUUUCUCGAAUUUUUCUUUUUUCGUUUCUCUUUAUUUUCGCAAUCAUUUUAAUUGUGUGUUCAAUUUAACACGAAAAUUUAAUCAUGUCUUCAUCUCCAUCACCUCAACCACCAACAUCUACAGUUAAUCAACCAGUGAGAAAAUUUCUUUCUCGUUCCAAUCAACUUUCCAAUAGGGUUAAAGGUUCCCUAGCAUCUAAAACUUGUAAACAAUUUCUCGCUGAAAUGAUUGGUACCUUUUUCGUAAUCGCCUUGGGUGAUGCAGCGACCGCAGCAUAUAAAUUAAGGACUCAACAAGGUGAUCGAUUUGAUUACAUGGCGGUUAAUUUUUGCUUUGCCACCGGUGUUUUAAUUGGUGUAUCAGCGACCAUCUCAAUCUCAGGAGCUCAUCUCAAUCCAGCAGUAACAACAGCAAUGGCGGCAAUUGGUAAAUUCAAAUGGUCAAAAGUUUGGUACUAUCUUGUUGCCCAGUACGUUGGGGGAAUCCUCGCAUCAGCUGUUGUCUAUCUUGACCAUUUCGAGGCGAUUGAACAUUUUGAUCCAAGUCAUCAGGCCAAUAUAACCGGUGAAAUAUUUGCCACUUAUCCAGCUCGUUUUGUUACAAUUCCAGGAGCAUUUGUUGAUCAGAUGAUUGGUACUUCAUUACUAUUAUUUGGUAUUCUCGCAGUUUCAGACGGAAUUAAGGCUCCACUAAUUGCUCAACCUGCUCUUUUCGCCGUUAUUAUCACCGGAAUUCCAACAGCAUUUAAUUACAAUUGUGGUGCUAUUCUCAAUCCCGCCAGGGAUUUUGCUCCUCGAUUGUUUUCCGCUCUUGUUAGAUACGGAUGGGAACCAUUCCAACCACUCGGUGGGCAUUAUUGGUGGGCAGCGGGCAUCGUUGGUCCUCAUGUUGGUGGUAUACUCGGUGCUUGGUUAUACUUAUUGACUGUUGAUCAUGAAGCUUUAAAGGAGACUACAAGUGGAGUUAAAUCAAAUCCUAAUCCAAUUCACAAUCAACAAGAAUCUCCAGAUCUCAAUUUAAAGGAUGUUAAGGAAAAAUCCAAUGGAGGCUCAAUUGUCCCUCGAAUUGCAGUUGAAUGAUCACAAUUAAAUUAAUUGUCAUAAUUUAAUGUUUAUAUUUUUUCAUAGACACAAUUAACAUUAUCGUCUUAUAAUUGAUCAUGUUGAUCAUUUAAUUGCAACAAUCAAAACAAAGCAACAACAACAACAACAACAAACCUGAUUUUACUUAAUCUUCAACCACCUACAACAAUUAACUUAAUCACCAUUGUGAUUAAUCAUAUUAAGGGCUAAUUUUAUCCUAAACAAUUAAUUAAUGACAAAAGUUUUUCUUUUCUUACAUUUAAUUGUGAUCGUAAAUGUAAUCAACAAUUAACUCUUGUCUUGAGACUUUACAUCUUAAGUUUGGUUUUUUUUUGCUCAUUUGUCUUUUUUUGUUUAGUUAAUUAAUUGAUUAUAUUUGUUAAAUUAUCAUUUUGAUUAACUAAAUUCAUCUUAUAAUCUUUAUAUAUGUCAUAACAAUUAACGAUUUGUAUUCAGCAACAAUUUAUUAUGAAUCUCAAUGGUAAUUAAGACUCGAAUUACAAUUUUCACCCUCUGUUAAUCAAACACUGAAUUAUGAUUUACAUUUUUGUCUAAUCAACAAUUUAAAUUGGUUAAUAAAAUUAAAUUAAAUUUUCUCUUGGAAUCAAACAAUUUAACCAACAAUUAAAAUCUAAUCAAACGAAUGGAGCGCCAUCUGUUAUCAUCAAUGUUCAAUCGUAAAUUAGAUUAACUUUUAAUUUAGUUGGACAAUUAUUCCAAUGGAUUAGUUGAUUUUUCUAAUCAAAAUUCAAUUGCGAAUUGAGAAAAAUUGAUUAAUCACUAUUACGUUUGAUUGAUAAUCAAAAUUAAUCCA